AUGGGCCACAAAGGUGGAGCUACGAUAGCUAAUGCCGCCAUCGCCGGCGCCAACACCACCACCACCACCGCCGCAACCAAUUCUGCUUCGAGGAUGAAAACGCCAGAAGUGCAGAUGAUAACUGAAGCGAUAUCUUCGCUCAAAGAUCAGACUGGUUCAAGCCAACUUGCAAUUGCCAAAUUCAUUGAUGAAAAAGUAUGGAACGGAGCUUCCCCUAAAUUCAAAAAGGUCUUGUCUGUCCAAUUGAAGAAAUUCGCUCAAUCGGAGAGAUUGGUGAAGGUCAAAACCUCUUACAAAAUCUGUCACCGAGAAGCUCAAACCGGUUAG